AACCAAACUGUCCUUCAGCAUGAGUUCGCGCAAUCCUGGGUGGGCGCCUCACCUGUGCGGUCGACAUGGGAAAUCCUAUAUGCUUGUCUUGCAGCGCUCGUCACGUCUUUUUCCUCUUUUGUUCAGCUUAAUCCACCCGCGUACCAAGAGAGGUGGCAGUCUGUAUUUCUCCGCAAGGCAAAGUGGGUCAUUAUAACAAUCUUGAUACCCGAGGCCGCGGUCUUGAUGGCCUGGCUACAGUGGAGGUGCGCUGUGACACUACAG